UUUGGUACCUGCUUAUUAGACAAGUUUAGCUGCCUGCUUUGAGUUUAGAGAUCGCUUGCGUUCUACUCAACUGCCAAAAUGAUGGAAGAAGUGUCUAUUGCUGUGGCCUAUGAUGCCCAUACUUUUGACCAGAUGUCCGAAGAGGAGAUCCUGGCUAGUCUAGUAGUGGAGACUCUACCAAAGCAAGUGGUUCCCUCUAAAAAGCCAAAAUUAAGAGAUAACCAAGUGCACCCAGAAGACCCACUCGACAGGUACGAGAGAGAAAACCUUAAGCUUCAGGAGACCAGUUUGCGCCUGGAGCAGGAGAAUGAUGACCUUGCACAAAAACUCGUCACCAGCAAGAUUGCGCUGAGGAAUGCUCUAGAUCAGACCGAGGACCAGGUGGAUGAAUUAACCAAGGAGCUAAUGAAAACCAAACAGCUUCUGAUGAUUACAGAGGAGGAGAAAAAGGGAAAGGAGGAGGAGGCUACACAGCUGAAAGAGAUGUUUAGGAAAGAGCUGGACAAAGCAGAAGCAGACAUUAAGAGAUCAAACAACAUCAUUGCCGACUACAAGCAGAUUUGCUCUCAGCUGAAUGCUAAGCUUGAAAACCAGAAAGCUCAAGCAGACAAAGAGCUGGCAGUUGUCAAGAACAAGAUGCUGGAGUGCGAGCAGUGCAGACACAUCUUUAGUAUGGAUGGAUCAAUUCAGCUGUGCUCUGAAAAUGAAGAAAGCAGUGUUCAGGAUGAAGUCAAAGCCUCUCUCAGAGAACAGGUCCAGGAGUUAGAGAAAGAGCUGGCUCAGACCAAGCUACAAAUGGUGGAGUCUAAAUGCAAGAUACAGGAGUUGGAACACCAAAAUGCAGUUCUGACGAGUGAACUUCAGGCAGCUAAAAACACGUGGCUCAGAAAAACUCUGGGCUCUUUCAGGACAGCUGCCAGCGGCCAUCAGAACUCAUCUCAAACAGAUCCUGCCUGGAGUCCCGCUCAUAACCCCCACUCCAGCUGGGUCACCAGAAGGCUCUCCUGGGCCCAUCGAGAAGGGAGAGCAGCCAAAGUAUGAAAAGGUUAAGCAUACUGGUGGAGAAGAAAAGUAUUCAGUAUGAGCACUCCUGAAAUGAGUCUCACAAAUUAUGAGAAAGCUAUUCCCUCAAACAAGCGGACAUUAUAGAUCCGCAUGGUUGCAAACACUGGGAAUGAGCAGAUUCUCGAAGGAUGGGUGACAGCGGGAAACAAUAUCUGCCCUUCUAGAGAUGAGCGCAACAGAUCAGUUGCUCUUAAGGCAAUCUCACAUGAAGACUAUAUGAAGUUUUUGUAUUACUGCGUUCAAAUAUAAUGUAUUACAAAAAUCAUCACUAUUAUAAGUGUUUUGCCAGUUAACCUACAAAUUGUGUUUGAUGUGGUAACUUCUAAGUGAAACUUCUUAUUGAAGUUCACCAAAUCCACCUAACUAGUAGGUUACAUCAAUAGAAUAUUUUUGAGGGUUAGAUCAGGUACUAAUUUUAAGGUAAUAAUUUAAGGUAACAGUUGUCUUCUAAUGCUUUUAUGGUCCACUGUUGGUACUGUACAAUGUGAAUGCAUUUCUUUCAUUAUCUUUUCCAACUCAAUGAAGUAAGGACAACUAUCAAUGUAACUGCAUUAGGGCCUUUAUUUUAAUUCAGGACUAUUAAUUGUUCACUCAAACUGCCAAUAAAGCUUUGAAUAUAUUA